AUGGAGGCGCUGAUCCUGGAACCUUCUCUCUACACAGUGAAAGCCAUUCUGAUUUUAGACAAUGAUGGAGAUUAUCUUUUUGCUAAGUGUUAUGAUGACACCUAUCCCACAGUCAAGGAGCAGAAGGCUUUUGAGAAGAAUAUUUUCAGCAAGACCCAUUGGACAGAUAGUGAAAUUGCCCUCUUAGAAGGCCUGACUGUUGUUUAUAAGAGCAGCAUUGACCUAUAUUUUUAUGUUAUCGGCAGCUCCUAUGAAAAUGAGAUUAUGCUAAUGGCUGUGCUCAACUGCCUCUUUGACUCACUCAGUCAGAAUGUUGUGAAAGAAUGUGGAGAAGCGAGCUCUCCUAGAGAACAUGGAAGGCCUUUUCCUGGCAGUGGAUGAAAUUGUGGAUGGGGGGAGGGUGAUUUUGGAGAGUGAUCCCCAGCAAGCGCUACAUAGGGUUGCCGUAUGUGGGGAGGAUGU